UUCUACACAAAAUCUAAAUUUUCUUUACCUACGAUAUUAAAGCGGGAAAGAUGGGCACUAAGUAUGAUUCUUUACACAUAUUUUUCUUCCCCUUCAUGGCUCAUGGCCAUGUGAUACCUUUAGUAGACAUGGUCAAACUAUUUGCUGCAAAGGGUGUGAAAACCACCAUAAUCACCACACCCCUCAAUGUGCCUACCUUCUCUAAAGCUAUAGAAAAUGCCAAAACUCAUCGAAUCAAAGAGAUCCAAAUCCAAACCAUUAAGUUCCCCAACGUGGAGGUUGGUUUACCAGAAGGAUGCGAACAUGUUGAUUCUAUCCCUUCACCAAAUUUAUUUCCAGCCUUCCUUGAGGCUAUUGCUUUGCUAAAAGAGCCCUUUGAGCAAUUUUUGUUUCAACAACGUCCAAAUUGUGUUGUUGCUGAUAUGUUCUUCCCAUGGGCAACUAACUCUGCUGCCAAGUUUGGAAUUCCUAGGCUCGUGUUCCAUGGCAUUAGUCUAUUCUCUUUGUCGGCUACUGCAACAAUGACCCUUUACGAGCCUUACAACAACACUUCAUCUGACUCAGAGUUAUUUGUUAUUCCUAAUUUUCCUGGUGAAAUUAAAAUGACAAGGUUGCAGGUGGGAAAUCUCCUUAGUAAAGAUGAAAUGAGCUCAUUUUGGAAGGAAGUGCAUGAAUCAGAUGUGAAGAGCUAUGGGGUGGUAGUUAACAGCUUCUAUGAACUUGAGAAGGAUUAUGCAGAUCUUUAUGUGAAGAAACUUGGAAGAAAAGCAUGGCCUAUAGGCCCUUUGUCUCUUUGCAACAAGGAUAAAGAGGAUAAAACAUAUAGAAGGAAUAAAACAUCUAUCGAUGACCAUGAAUGCUUAAAGUGGCUAGACUCAAAAAGAAGUAAUUCAGUUGUUUACGUGUGUUUUGGGAGUGUCGUAAGGUUUCCCAAUUCUAUGCUUCGAGAGAUUGCUAUGGGACUUGAGGCAUCAGGACAACAAUUCAUAUGGGUGAUGGGAAAGCAGAAAGAAGAUAGCGAAGAAUGGGUACCUGAUGAAGGGUUUGAGAAAAGAAUGGAACACAAAGGACUAAUUAUUAGAGGUUGGGCACCUCAAGUACUGAUUCUUGAACAUGAAGCUAUUGGUGCAUUUGUGACUCAUUGUGGAUGGAAUUCAACAUUGGAAGGUGUGGCUGCUGGGGUGCCCAUGAUAACCUUUCCUGUGAGUGCUGAACAGUUUUACAAUGAAAAGUUGUUAACUGAGGUGCUUAAAAUUGGUGUGCCUGUUGGUGUUAAAAAAUGGACUCUCUUUGUGGGGGAUGAUAGUGUUAAGUGGGAUGCAAUUGAGAAGGCUGUGAAAAGAGUAAUGGUAGAGGAAGAAGCUGAGGGAAUGAGAAAUAGGGCAAAAGCGCUUGCGCAGAUGGCAAGACUUGCAGUGGAAGAAGGAGGAUCUUCCGACUUAAAUUUGGAUGCUUUAAUUGUGGAGUUGUGUUCCCUAUCCCAUUGAUGCAACUCACAUGAACAAAGUGUUAUGUUUAAU